AUGACUCAUCUUACUUUCUUUUAUUCCCUUUUCUUUCUGUCUUUUUUCUUUCUUUCUUUCUUUCUUUUAAUUCUUUCUUUUAUCGAUCUUUCUUUUUUCUUUCCUUCUUUUUCCUUUCUUUCUGCUACACGCUUUAUCAUUCUACCACCCAUUUUUUUUACAAUUAUCUUCUUUUCUUUUCUUCUUUCUUUCUUUUCUUCUUUCUUCUUCCUUUCUUUCUUUCUUUCUUCUACGCAUGUUUGUUCCAUUUUAGUUUCUUCUUCUUUUUUCUUACUUUCUAGUAUCUCCGCCUCCAUUUCAUUUGUAAUGUUUUACCUCUGUAUAACCUUGUUGUUUUCUUUCUCCUUCUGUUGCAUAUAUUUAUUUUCGUCUUCUUUCUUUCGCUUUGAUUUUCUCUUCUUUUUCAUUUACUUGUCAUCACUAUUUUGGCCAUCCUUUUUCCUGUCAUUACCUAUUUUAUCGUUUCUUUCUUUCUUCCUUAUUUUUCUAUAUUUCUCCUUAUUUAUACUCUUCUUUCUUUCGUCCUUUCUUUAUUUCUUUCUUUAUGGUUCAUUUUUUUUUUCAAAAACGAAUCUGAUCACCCAAGUCAAUCAUGUUCGACUGUCUCUUCACUUCAUUGAAUGCGAUUCUUGCCGUGUUCAUUCAAACGGAACAUAUUGCUUCAUUUUGCUCAUAAUGACCUUAACAAAGAACCAAUUGCAACGGAACGUAGAAACUGCAAGAAUAAAAAAGAACACAUUUCUGUCCUCUCUCUCUCUCUCUCUCGCUCUCUCUCUCUCUCUCCCUCCCUGA